AUGGAAGAACAGAGCUUUACUUCAGAAUAUCGCCAGGCGAUGCUUAACGAGGACUGCACGAUUCCGUCGCUACGUUUCCCUCAGAAGCUCUGGCGUAUCGUCAACGAAUGCAAGUCAGGGGCAAUCAAAUGGGGUAUCAACGGCAUCAGCAUCCUUAUCAAUUACACGCUCUUCGGCCAGGAGUAUCUGCAACCUGACAAUUCCAUCUUCAAAACCACCAACAUCGCGAGCUUCAUUCGCCAGCUCAAUCUUUACGGAUUCCGCAAGGUCAGUUUACACAGCCGCGAGUUAGUCAAUACUGACAAUCACGAUCUGCACGAGUUCUUGCACGAACAUUUCCGCGCGGGCCGGCUCGAUUUACUCUCGAGAGUCUGCAGGAAGACCGGAGUUAAGAAAAGUCUGAUGCGCAUGAAACCAAUCACCGAUCUACAGCCGCGUAAUUCGGAAGCAAACUACCGCCUUUUAUGCCGGGCGAAUGGCCUACAUGGCAUGACUAAGCUGCAGAAGUGUCAGAUUGCACUUUCGAAAGCUUUAGAGCAAGCGACAAAACAGUAUCAUAGAGAAAAGCUUUGGUUACAAUUAGCAGAAGAUAAUAUUUGUAAAAAUACUUGUGAAUCCCACUGCCAAAUAGAGGCACUUGAACCAAACCAUAUUCAGAUAAUUUUUCAAGAUAUAUAUGGCAAACAGGAAGUUAAAAAUUUGCCUAUUAUCAACAUCCCAAGCUUUGAGAGUGUUGAGUCUGAAGAAAAAAUUAAAAUUGAAGAUCUUGUUACUUUUCGUUCUGAAGAUAUUUGA